AAACAAAAAACUCAAUUAAAAUACAACAGCAAAGAGUCUCCCUAUGCCAAUGUACCCAACGAUAUGUUCUACUGUCAUCUCUGCAAGAAACACAUGUGGGAUGCCAACUCAUUUGAGAAUCACAUCAAGGGACGCACUCAUUUAAUGAUGCGCGAAGGUAGAGAAAGCUAUCGUCUAAAGGCCAAUAUGAUCCGUCAGGAAGCCAAGAUUGCUGAGCAAUUGAAAUCCAUUGAAUUGGAUCGCUUGAAGCGUAUGGGCAAGAGCAAGCAACGUCAGUUGGACUACUGCACCAUGUGCGAUUUGAACUUCCAUGGUCAUAUCUCGGCCCAUCGUAAAUCCGAGGGACAUUUGCAAUUGAAGAAAUUCUUGCAUCCCAAGUGUAAUGAAUGUAACAAGGAAUUCGCCACUCGUAUUGAUUACGAUACCCAUUUGUUGGCUGCCGAACAUUUGAUUAAGGCCGCCGAGAAGAAUACCAAGGUUGGAGAACGUAAACGUCAGACCUUGCCUAUUCUCACCGAGGAGGAUGAAUUGAAGGAUGUCCGUCCCCCCACCAAGAAGAAGAAGAAGGCUGCUGCCAAGAAGACCACCGAAGCUGGUGAAGGUGCCGAAGUCAAGAAGGAAGGUGAAGAAGAAGCUGAAGGCGAAGAAGCCGAAGGUGAAGAUGCUGAAGCCAAGAAAGAAGGUGAAGAGGGUGCCGAUGAGACCAAGGAGGGUGAAGAAUUGAAUGAAACCCAAGAAGGCGAAGAAGAAGAAGUUGCUUUGCCCGUCGAUCCUGAAGACUGCAUUCUGGAUUUCCAUGAUGGUGAUGAGAUUCCCACGGAAGUCGACAACCGUUUGCCCAAAUACAACUGGACCCGCCCAGUUGGUACCGCUCUCAUCACCAAACUCGAAUGUUUCGAGUGCUCAUUGUGUGGCAAAUUCUUCGAACGAAAGACUGUCGAAGUGCACUCUCGCACUGUCACCCAUCACCGCAACUUCUUGAAAUUCAUCAACGAGAAGGCCAGCGACACCAAGAUCGCUCAAAAGCGCGCUGCCGCCGCCAUUGAAGAAAGCGAACGCAAGAAGCGCAAGUUGGAAGAAGCUGAAGCCUCUGCCAACGGUGAAGGUGAAAAGACCGAAGCCGCCGAAGGUGCUGAAGGUGAAUUAUACGAUCCCUCAGAAGCCACCGGUGAAGAUGAGGAUGUUGAAAUGAAUGAAAAUGGUGAGGGCGCCGAAGAAGGUGGUGAAGGUGCUGAAGCCGAAGAAAAUGGCGAAGAAAUGGAAACCCAAGAAGAAGCUGAAGAAGAAGCCGAGCCAGAAGCUGAGGCUGAGGCCGAGGCUGAAGCAGAAGCUGAGCCCGAACCUGAGCCAGAGCCAGUCAAAGAAACACCUAAAGCAGAAACACCCGCAAAGACCGCCACCAAGACUGCUGCUGCUCCCUCAACACCCGCUUCCGCUGAGGCCUCGCCUGCCAAGAAAGCAGCGACACCUGCUGCCCGUGGUGGUGCCGCCAAGGGAACGCCGCGUAACCGUGGUCGCGGUCGCUACAACCGUUACUAAGCUAGUUUAUUUAGCCUUCUCUAAGCAACCUCCUCCCUCCCCUUUUUCUAAUCACACUUUCCUUGAAUUGUCUUGUGGAAGUAAUUGACGCGAAUAUGUACUAUUCAGCAGAAUGAUUUCAUGACACUUUUCAUUACAUAUAUUUUUUUAUAUAAAUUAAAAUUUAUUAUAAUUUAACAAAAAAAAAAAACCAACAAUUUCAUUUAAUUACUAAAACUUACAAAAACCAAUCACAAAUCAUAAAACAACUUUUUUUGCUAAUUCCUUAUACCUUUAAGUUGUAACUAUAGUUGUAACUUAAUUCAAACCAAUAUAUUGAUUGCAUUAUAAAUGACACAGGAACACGUUUUUAAAAUAACAAUUACAUUAAACUAACAAUUAAAUCCGCAAGCUCAUUCGGUUUACUGAUAAAAUACACGGACAUCAUUUUUUAAAAGUAUGAAUUACUGAAUGAGCUCCAUAAAA